AUGAAUGUUUUAGAGUGGUUGCGGUGGAGUGGAAAGGCGAUCCGGACACGGUGGAAAAUGGAGGGUCUUCUGGGGGUUUGGGGUUGGGAUUUGGAUCCAUUUUGUUCUUCUAAGAGAAUUGCAUUGAUAUCUUUGAAAGAUGAGCAGGAGAAGUGCCUUGGUGAAGGUGGCUCCGCCGGCCGUCUUAGGGAGGUUCGAAUAUUAAGGUCGCUGUUUCCUCCAUUUCUGUUAGAUCUGUAUAAAUUGUUCAUCUCUCCUUUAGGAGGCGGGAAAGUAGGUGCCCUGAUGAUUGCGAGAGUGACUGCACUCACUUGUCAAUGGCUCAUGGGCAUAUGCACGGUGAACUCUGUCGAUCUUCCUGAUGGAACCUCGUGUGAAAGUGGAGUUUUUGUAGAGAGAUGCAAGUAUUUAGAAGAAAGCAAAUGCGUAGGCAUAUGUGUUAAUACAUGUAAACUUCCAACACAAACUUUCUUCAAGGAUUACAUGGGAGUGCCCUUACUGAUGGAGCCAAACUUCACAGAUUAUAGUUGUCAGUUUAAAUUUGGGGUUCUUCCUCCACAACCUGAAGAUGAUAUCACGCUCAAGGAGCCUUGCCUUGAAGUUUGUCCGAUUGCAUCUCGAAGGCGGCAAGUUGCUCAAACUCAAAGCACAGAUGUAGGGCAGUGCCCAAAGGCAUAAUUAGAAAAAAAAAAGUUACUUGAUAAUUAAUCAAUAACUCAUUAAAUAUCUCUUGAUAAUUACAUCUACUUGGUUCAGGUUGCAUACAGCACAUUACAGAAAUGCAUCUACAAUAAUAUAACUAAUCUGUCAUUUCCACCCUC